AAUUUAAAAAGUAGGCUCAUAGAACACGUUAAUCAUUUAAUUUUUGGAUUCAAAAUAUCAAAAUCUCAACAUAUUUUGUUUUCCCAAUAUUCUGAUACACAAAAGAGCCAAUGAUUGCGGUUGCUCAGUGGGUGGCAUCCCUUUCGGCCGGCCUCCUGAUCUCCUCCCAAACGCUGCGCAUCCUGAAAACUGUGAAUGAACAGGAGCCGACUGCGAGGAUAACUGGGCAGGUGCAAACAGCGGCCGUUAUUUCACAGGAUUCAGAAGGACCUGAGGUCCUGGGCUCCGAGCAGCUAAGUGCAGCCUUGCAGCACUUAAUGAGUAGCGAUAACAACUCUUCUCACGUUUAUAUCGAUGCUAUGCACAAUCCCAGCGCCAGGGGCAAGCAGGACUAUGCCCUGGGCUCAGAGACCUUAAAUCGUAUGUUGGAGGACAUCAUGACGCCCUCUGGCCACGAAAACAGACGGUCAUUGUCUUUCGAACCGGCUGUUCAAGCUUGAAGUUGCUGUUUUAGUUAAUUAAAUUAUUAUUUAUAACAAGUUAUUAUUAAAAUGGCUGGCAGAAACCAUA